GGGCCGGCGGUUGGUCGGCCGAAACCAUCUGCUACGUUACGUGGGGGGAGGUCAGCUCCUAUACAGCCACACUUUUUUCAAUCUUCAGCUUUUCAGGCCUAGGUCCUGGUUUUAUUUUAGCUUUCAGAGCUUCUCUGUAGGCUCGAAUUUCCAGGAGGCAGCCCGAGUCCCUGGGGAGAGGGUCAUCGUGGCUCUCCUCGGCGCCUUCCACCUCUGGACAGGCAACCGGUGGGAGAGGACGCCGGUGGGCGGGGGGAGGAGGCGGCCCUAGCGCCAUUUUGUGGGAGCGAAGCGGUGGCUGGGCUGCGCUUGGGUCCGUCGCUGCUUCGGUGUCCCUGUCGGGCUUCCCAGCAGCGGCCUAGCGGGAAAAGUAAAAGAUGUCUGAAUAUAUUCGGGUAACCGAAGAUGAGAACGAUGAGCCCAUUGAAAUACCAUCGGAAGACGAUGGGACGGUGCUGCUCUCCACGGUUACAGCCCAGUUUCCAGGGGCGUGUGGGCUUCGCUACAGGAAUCCAGUGUCUCAGUGUAUGAGAGGUGUCCGGCUGGUAGAAGGAAUUCUGCAUGCCCCCGAUGCUGGCUGGGGAAAUCUGGUGUAUGUUGUCAACUAUCCAAAAGAUAACAAAAGAAAAAUGGAUGAGACAGAUGCUUCAUCGGCAGUGAAAGUGAAAAGAGCAGUCCAGAAAACAUCCGAUUUAAUAGUGUUGGGUCUCCCAUGGAAAACAACCGAACAGGACCUGAAAGAGUAUUUUAGUACCUUUGGAGAAGUUCUUAUGGUGCAGGUCAAGAAAGAUCUUAAGACUGGUCAUUCAAAGGGGUUUGGCUUUGUUCGUUUUACGGAAUAUGAAACACAAGUGAAAGUAAUGUCACAGCGACAUAUGAUAGAUGGACGAUGGUGUGACUGUAAACUUCCUAAUUCUAAGCAAAGCCAAGAUGAGCCUUUGAGAAGCAGAAAAGUGUUUGUGGGGCGCUGUACAGAGGACAUGACUGAGGAUGAGCUGCGGGAGUUCUUCUCUCAGUACGGGGAUGUGAUGGAUGUCUUCAUCCCCAAGCCAUUCAGGGCCUUUGCCUUUGUUACAUUUGCAGAUGAUCAGAUUGCGCAGUCUCUUUGUGGAGAGGACUUGAUCAUUAAAGGAAUCAGCGUUCAUAUAUCCAAUGCCGAACCUAAGCACAAUAGCAAUAGACAGUUAGAAAGAAGUGGAAGAUUUGGUAAUCCAGGUGGCUUUGGGAAUCAGGGUGGAUUUGGUAAUAGCAGAGGGGGUGGAGCUGGUUUGGGAAACAAUCAAGGUAGUAAUAUGGGUGGUGGGAUGAACUUCGGUGCGUUCAGCAUUAAUCCAGCCAUGAUGGCUGCCGCCCAGGCAGCACUACAGAGCAGUUGGGGUAUGAUGGGCAUGUUAGCCAGCCAGCAGAACCAGUCAGGCCCAUCAGGUAAUAACCAAAACCAAGGCAACAUGCAGAGGGAGCCAAACCAGGCCUUCGGUUCUGGAAAUAACUCUUAUAGCGGCUCUAAUUCUGGUGCAGCAAUUGGUUGGGGAUCAGCAUCCAAUGCAGGGUCGGGCAGUGGUUUUAAUGGAGGCUUUGGCUCAAGCAUGGAUUCUAAGUCUUCUGGCUGGGGAAUGUAGACAGUGGGGUUGUGGUUGGUUGGUACAGAAUGGUGGGAAUUCAAAUUUUUCUAAACUCAUGGUAAGUAUAUUGUAAAAUACAUAUGUACUAAGAAUUUUCAAAAUUGGUUUGUUCAGUGUGGAGUAUAUUCAGCAGUAUUUUUGACAUUUUUCUUUAGAAAAAGGAAGAGCUAAAGGAAUUUUAUAAGUUUUGUUACAUGAAAGGUUGAAAUAUUGAGUGGUUGAAAGUGAACUGCUGUUUGCCUGAUUGGUAAACCAACACACUACAAUUGAUAUCAAAAGGUUUCUCCUGUAAUAUUUUAUCCCUGGACUUGUCAAGUGAAUUCUUUGCAUGUUCAAAACGGAAACCAUUGAUUAGAACUACAUUCUUUACCCCUCGUUUUAAUUUGAACCCCACCAUAUGGAUUUUUUUCCUUAAGAAAAUCUCCUUUUAGGAGAUCAUGGUGUCACAGUGUUUGGUUCUUUUGUUUUGUUUUUUAACACUUGUCUCCCCUCAUAUACAAAAGUACAAUAUGAAGCCUUCAUUUAAUCUCUGCAGUUCAUCUCAUUUCAAAUGUUUAUGGAAGAAGCACUUCAUUGAAAGUAGUGCUGUAAAUAUUCUGCCAUAGGAAUACUGUCUACAUGCUUUCUCAUUCAAGAAUUCGUCAUCACGCAUCACAGGCCGCGUCUUUGACGGUGGGUGUCCCAUUUUUAUCCGCUACUCUUUAUUUCAUGGAGUCGUAUCAACGCUAUGAACGCAAGGCUGUGAUAUGGAACCAGAAGGCUGUCUGAACUUUUGAAACCUUGUGUGGGAUUGAUGGUGGUGCCGAGGCAUGAAAGGCUAGUAUGAGCGAGAAAAGGAGAGAGCGCGUGCAGAGACUUGGUGGUGCAUAAUGGAUAUUUUUUAACUUGGCGAGAUGUGUCUCUCAAUCCUGUGGCUUUGGUGAGAGAGUGUGCAGAGAGCAAUGAUAGCAAAUAAUGUACGAAUGUUUUUUGCAUUCAAAGGACAUCCACAUCUGUUGGAAGAAUUUAAAGUGAGUUUUUGUUCUUAGAUAACCCACAUUAGUUGAAUGUGUUAAGUGAAAUGAUACUUGUACUCCCCCUACCCCUUUGUCAACUGCUGUGAAUGCUGUAUGGUGUGUGUUCUCUUCUGUUACUGAUAUGUAAGUGUGGCAAUGUGAACUGAAGCUGAUGGGCUGAGAACAUGGACUGAGCUUGUGGUGUGCUUUGCAGGAGGACUUGAAGCAGAGUUCACCAGUGAGCUCAGGUGUCUCAAAGAAGGGUGGAAGUUCUAAUGUCUGUUAGCUACCCAUAAGAAUGCUGUUUGCUGCAGUUCUGUGUCCUGUGCUUGGAUGCUUUUUAUAAGAGUUGUCAUUGUUGGAAAUUCUUAAAUAAAACUGAUUUAAAUAA